AUGGCAUGGUGUGACCGAGGGGUUCAGACUGUGCUGGCCAUCGUGGGGGCCUUCGCCGCCUUCAGUCUCAUGACCAUCGCCAUCGGCACCGACUACUGGCUUUAUUCUCGGGCGUACAUCUGCAACGCCACGAAUGUUACCGCGGACGAGACCCAGGUACAAACCAAGAAAGUCAAAGGCGACCUGACGCACUCCGGACUGUGGAGGAUCUGCUGUAUUGAAGGUAAAACUAAGUCUUUUAAGUAAGGAGCCGAUAUCCUACAAACUUUUCUGUCAUAAACGAUGUUAGACAGUACAGUGACGAACCAGCUGGUCCCCUUUGGAUGUUUGGAUUUGACUGUUUUGAUAAGAAUUGCAGGAGUAGAUAAUGGAAAUGGUUUGAAUCUUAAAAAUCUCCUUUAUGUUCUGUUAUAAAAAAAAUACAGCUGUUUCAUUUUGAUGAAUGCACCUGUUGGGACUAAGCGUAAACCACAGACACUCAACAGUUUGCUGUGAUAACGCAGCAAAAGGAUGACAGCAGAACAGGUUGAACCAUGUUUAUGACCGUUUUCAUGGUUAAUGGCACGAAUGGCUUCAAAAAGGUAACACUGGAUUGAUAUGGUUAGGGGGGGAAAUGGAGGGAAAGUGUUGUGUGUUGCGCGCAAAGCUUUGUUGUCCGUGCGCAAUUUUCAGCCUUUUUCCCUUAGUAAACGACUAAGUUAGUGACUGCAAACCCAGCGGGCAGAUCAAGAAAUACAACAUUGAUAACGGGGUUUCAAAGACGUGACUGUGCCAGCUGUUAAAUAAGACUGCACCCUAAAACAAAGUUGAGACUGACUGGCACAAAAAGUCGCAUAUCAGCCAAAAUAAAGACCUUCUCCGGGGAUAUUUUAAUGAUUCGUUCAGCCGUUGUGUUGUUGGGUAUCCAUGAUCCUCAGCAGACGCGCCUGAGUGAUGGGCUGGGCUUUCAACAGCUUGUUGCUUGUUGCUGUUUGGACACGAUUUCGCACAAUUGCGCGCGAAGACUAGCCGGAAGAAAACUAAAAAUACAAUAAUUUUAAUUGAUGAGGAAUGAUCAGCAAGAACAUAACCAUAAAACAAAUCAUCUCAGGGAAGUCACGGUGAUGUCUGCUAUCAGCCAUCAGCCCUGCCUGCUGUGGCGCUGUCCACUGCUGCUGGUGCUGAAAGCUUCACUCUGAUAAAUGUCCUUUCCCUGAUAAAAUACAGAACUAAAUAAGGGUUGAAUUGAGAAUCAACUAAAGACCAUAAGACAUCAGAAAACAGGACUGAUCAUGAAUCACUGGCACCAAGAACUACGCAUUUGCUUAUUAAUGAAGAAAACAUAAAUAACUAUUCAUGACUUUUAUCAACUUGUCCAAGAGGUGCUGCUGUGGUAUGAUUUUUCACUGUCUGUCAUAUCAUACUAAUGUUGCAUAAGCCAUUGAAGCUGACUGUGUCCCCUCUCUAUAUCUCAAACCACUUCACACAUUCAUUAUUGCAUUACAUGGCGUACUGUGAAAUGGCUUUUUAAAUUGAAUUCAACAUGGGUUUACCAUUUUGCUGUUAGAGUUGAGUACAUUUUGAAAGUUAAUGAUUUCUAUGUAGGCAGCAUCUCAAACAUGCACAGAGGCUUGACUCUGUUGUGGGUGGGGGUCCAACUGAGGAGGUGGCGCUCACCCAGAGAUUUGUCUCAUAUGCAGAUGAUUGCAGCGAUUUCCAGGGUCACACUCCGUGCACUUUUGCUCUGCACUCUUACUACGUGUUCUAGGAUUUCACGUUUAAAAAGGGCAUCACUAUUUAUAGCUUUUCUGUUAAGUUAAUCAAAAAGACAUGUUCACUCUUUCUCACUACAAACCUCUGAGAGUAUCCUCAGCAGGAGUGAGGUGGAGUACUCUCUGUUCUGAAACAUCUGUCGACUUUUCUGCCGUCCUCUCUUUUUCCCCUCCUUGCUCACAUUGUCGAGUGUAAGAGCUGAAGCUAAAAGUCACACAAUAUCCUGCUCUCUCUCCACACGCACACACACACACUUUCACCUCUUCCACCCUGUUGCCAUAGCAGAUUUGUAUUAGGGCUGAAGUGUUAAUUGUACAUUCAUUUCACCUUCCAGGUAAGCGAUAAUCACUUCCCGGAAAAAGAAAGAAAAACAUGGAGUACACUUUGUUCUAUUAGAGUCAAAUUAAGAGAGUCAAUAAAUAAUGUGUACGCCCCAGGUGAACUCAGGCUAACCUUGCAGAAGAAAUUACACCUGUCUAUGUGAGCCAAACAGACGUCUGUAUUGGUGUUGUCUCCUGUAAAACAAGGCAGAGGUUCACUGGAGGUGAGUGUGAUGGAAAAUGAGCUUUUAGUGGAAAUAAUGCGAAGUUGUUCAGCAGGCAGUCAUGCUGAAAUGCAACAACAACUCUCACUUAACAGAGUCAGCCUUAACUGAUGAACAUGCUGGAGAGGUACUUAAAAAGACAAUGUGGAUUGAACAGACAUUUAAAUCCUGCUGAUCUGACGUAAGCAAAGCUGAAAAGUUUAUCACUUCAUCAGUUUUGGUUUUUUUUAGCUUUGUUUUCUUGAUGUCUGAUCUCUUUCUUGCAGAUUUAUCAGCUUAUUGUAUGAGUCUAAGGAUCAUCCCUAUGCAUGUGUUGUAUGUGUGUGUGUGUGUGUUAGCCCGGUGAAUGCAUUAGUAAGAUGUCAAAGGCAUCCUCUGAGAGGCAGAGCUAGGAAUGUGAUUCUUGGUUGCCGGGGAGGAGGUUGCCAUGGUGAAGCUAUGCUGAGUAAUAAAAGAUGGGCUUAGCUCUCUCAGACAGACGGGCUCUGGGGAGAUUCCACCCCUACUGAGCUCCUUUGCCGUCUCGCUCCUCUCUCUGUCUUCCUCGCCUGUCAUCCCUCUCAUCAUUAACUCUCUUACCUUUUUUGUAUUUACCACAUAAAAUAUUUCCACCUUUAGUUUAAUCUUCCAAAGAAAAGUUUUCUUUCAACUCUUUGAUUCUCUCUUAUAUCUUUUGCACCAAUUUAUUCCAGACCUAUUAGGUGUCACCACCGGGAACACAGAAACAUCCAAUUACACUGAAACACUGAUCUUAUAAAAAUCAAACACACUUGAGCUCCACUAACACACUCAGUAUGGAUAUUACAUAGUGACUGUGCCUCAGUAUUGAUCGAGGGGGCUUGGCACAUAAAAAAUGCAAAAGAAUCUGAGAGUGGAAAACAUUUUAGAGAGAGAGAUCAAAGCAGAAGAGUGGGUAUUGAGACAUGAUAGUGAUCAGACAUGUCACAAAAAGAGACUGAGAGUUAAAAGAGAGUAAAAGAGGGAGGUCUGAGGUUGGAGAGAUGCUCAAACACGAGCAGAGGGUCUGGCUAUGAGAGAUAUUUCAUCACUUUAUAUUUGUUUAUACUUGUCUUCAGUCAGUCUCACACAUUAAUCCAGCAACAGCAGGCAACAAAAGACAAUCAAGUCAGCAGAAAUCAUGGCACAAUAAAACACUCUAAAAGAGCCAUUUGCAAACAAAUAUUUGUUCACAUCUGGUGUUUCUCAUCAAAAAGAAUUACGUGUAUUCUUAGGGUCUAACAUAAAACUCUGCACGCUAUAAAGUGAAUCUAUCUCUGUGGAGAAGCCGACUUCAGUACUUGGACUUGUUGAGCUGUUUUUAACCCUUUAAGGCAAAUAAGUUAUUAUUAAAAUUGCUUCUAAUAAGAAACUUGUUUACAUCAUGUAUAUAUACCUGUCAUCAUUAGGAUAUUUGUUGACAUUAAUCAGACUUAAUAAGGGUUAACUGAAGAUCAAUAAACAUAUUUAUAGCUUGUAACACACUUGUAGGGAAUUUUUUUUUUUUUUUUACCAAUAACAGAAUUUUGGCAGCUUUUAAAAUUCAAUAAGAUGUUCAUCAACAUUAAUAUAACUGUAUGAGGCUUUGUUAUAAAUCCAACCAACUUUUAUUAUUGCCUUAUUACAAGCUCCCACUGGAAUCUUCUUAAUCAAAAUCCCACUUAUGAACAUCAUGUAAACGUUGUUUGGCAUGAGUAAAACUUUAAAAUGGUUAACAAUGCCUGAGAAGGAUCAAUAAAUCCUUUAUUAAGACUUUAACUUACUGUACAUGUUGAUUUUUUUUUCCCUCAGAGAAUGUCGAUCUCUGAAACGAGCAUUGUUGAUUGUUAGAAUGAGAUUUAUUUAUCCAAAUAAGACACUUUAGAUCCAGUCGCUGCAGAGGAGCAUUGUUAGCUGUUAAUAAGUGCACAAUAAAGGACUUAUAACAGUUUACUGUUGUUCAUUACUCCUCAAUUAACCUUUAUAAAGUCUUACUAACGUUACAAAACAUCCUAUUUUAACAAACUGUCACCUGUGCUUGUUAACAUCUCGGUGGUAAAGUAUCUUAGUGCUGUAGCUUUAAUGCUAUUUUAAAGCAAUGUCACAAAUGCUUUAAGUCAGGCAAGUUAAUCAUGGAUGAAAUAUGAUGAUGAUGAUAGUGAGUUUGAAUGUAGCAAGUGUGAUGGUGGCUUAAAGGCAUAGUUCGGUCUUUCUUAAGUUGGGAUUGUAUGACAUACUUAUAACCAAGAGAAGAUCCUGAUAACUUAUACUCACUUUAACUUUAACAAACUGUAUCCAUAGCACUAUUCUUCUUGUAAUUGUAGGCUUGAUUCAGAAAUUUCUCAGGACUUUACAUUGCUUUAUCGAGCUUGUUUGUUUUUUUUCCACAGUUUUUGGACACAGCACCUAAGUGUUCUUCAAGUUCAGCCCAAGUUUAAUCGGCAUACACGUAGUCUAAGUAACACAGAUUAAUUUGAUAGGGUUAACAUAGCACAUAUCAACAUGUCAUUAUAAAAUAAUAUUUAAAAAAAGAAAAAAAACUUACAACUGUACUUUGAACACAAUCUUCUGUUUGGGUUUUGUGAAUUUAUGAUAACUUCUGAAGAUUAAAGCUCCUGUGAGGAGUUGUUUUGUGUUUGUGAAAUGGACUGAAAUUCAUAGUGAUUCCUUUUUAUGAUAUACACAAACUAACAAGACCAUCAGCAACAAUAUUGAUUUUUUUUUAUUGUAAUUUAUGUAAGCCUGAAACUGAUGUGUGGGGGGUGGGUAUCAGCUGAGCAGCUGAAGAAACAGUUUCUGUUUUUAGAUUUCACCCAUAAUAUAGUCAUAAUAAAAGCCACAUUUGACAGUCAGCAAGAUAAGACUUUUGUAAGAAGACACUACCUAUGCAUCUAAGGGACAAAAUACAGACUGCUUGGUCCACAGGAGGUGCCAAAGUUGACCCAAACCAAAGGGUUAGGCUAAGGGUGAAUGUUCAGUACUGCAGGUAACUUCAACUGUUUGGGAGUCAGUGGUGUCCUCUUGAUUCAGAGGGGUGUGGUUGCACAGUUGUUGCCAAGUCCCACUCAUGACAGCAAGUUGUUUCCUCCAGUCAUGGACAUGGGCUCACAGUUACAAAGUCUGCACCACCAGGUAACGUGGGUUUUCUCCUGCUCUCCACUUAGCAUUGAAGUUUCUCCCUUCUUUUCUUCAGUUUAGUUUCUUUCUUCCUCUAAAAACUCUUUCACAGCAGUGUCCACUUGUGUCCAUGGCAAACAUCAUAUCUGUUAUAGUUAUAAAAUUUGGUAGUAUUUUUGCAGUUGAUUGCAAUGUGCAUAAAUGAUCUUUUCAAAUUUCUUAGUGUAAAUCCUCUACAUUUUUAGUUUCGAACAGAUGACUUGUUUCCUUGAAUGCCUCUUCAGAUGUGUUACAGGUGUGUUGCGUGGCUCCAGAGCUACUAAUAAAGAAGUCACUGGAUGAUGCAGCAAAAUCAGCCAUCUGUUUUUUUUUUUAAAUUCAAAGUCUAACCUUUCAAUAUUCAUAAUGCUGUAAUGUUUUAUUCUCUUAAAAGAGGAGAGAAGAUUUUCACAGUGAAGAAAAAGAGCCCGGGUCUCUGAAUAGAAGAUGCUCGAGGGGUUUGGAUUCACAGCAGUCUGUCCUCAAACACUUUCUGACAUGGUUAGGGGUGAAAAACAAUACAGCUCUGCACAGCUGUGGUUUAGAUAUUAUUUUCUAAGAGGAGACUCCAAUAAUUACUGUCGCUUUUCAUUUUUGUUGCAUAUUGACUCAGCAGAGGGUAAACAAGUCAUACUUUUUGUCCUUGUUUUAAUUAAUCCAGGCUCAUUAUAAAAGACACAAUAUCUUUGUUUCACUGUUGCCAUUUGGUCCCUGCACAUGCUGUUUUCUCCAUCACUCACACUCCCUCUGCUUUUUUGGCUGCUCUGCAGGUAUCAACAAAGGAAGCUGUUUUCAAAUCAAUCAUUUUCCAGAGGAUAACAACUACGACACAGACAGCUCUGAAUACAUCCUACGUAAGUUACUGCAUCCUCUUCAUCUUCAACCAACACUCAGAGAAAAAAAGAGAGGUUACUAAGUGGUGAUGGAGUUAACACCGCACUACGUAAUGUGUCAUGACAUCUCCAUCCCUCCCCCAUAAAAGCCUGAUGUCAUGACAGUGAUUAGAGCUGGAGAGAUGAUGAAGUGAUGUUGUCCGCUGAUGAGUAAUGAGCUCGUCCAAAAUCACGAUCCCAGCCUCUUUAAAAGCAUAAUGUAGCACAACGUCAUUUGAUAAAGACAAGUCAGUCUGAGUGGCUACACCCAAAACUGCCCACUUAUCACAGUUCCAUCGAUCUCUCCGUUUUGCACAAGAUAUCAUAUAAGCUUCAUUCCUCAUAUCAGAUUUGGUUUGUUGUUUGAUGUUCUUGGGUCCAUAGUAACCGUAUACCAUCUAUUCUGCUGUCUGUAUGAAUCAAUUUCAAUUCGCUCAUGGAAAUUAAAUCCUGCGCUCUCUGUUAGUCCCAUCGGAGGGUAGUGUCUGCUAAUCAGGCCUUAGUAUCUGUGGAAGCGUUCAUCUGGUAAACCUCGGGCACUUUUUGCUCUCCUUUACUCCUUUUUCCACACACUUACUGCAGACUUACUACAGAUGUCAGCGGGUGGGGAAUAUUUUGCCUUUCAGAGAGAGGCUAAAGAUCCUCAGACAUGGCAUAAUUUUGCAUUUGAGAAGUGCCAUAAAUGUUGAGCAGUUUCGCAAAAGAUCUUCACACUUCUUAAGAGAUCAGGUAGAGAAAGCUGACGUAUAUGUUAAAUGCACUCCCUCCCAGAUGCCUUAAUGCUACUAUCUAUGUCUGAUGUUAGCUGGGAGUUUUCUUCUCUGCUUUUAUCCUGGUAUACUUGCAUCAUGGACUGGCAGGUUAUCGCCAUCUGUUGAUUAGCAGAAUACUUUGAAACUAAUAAAUAUGUAUAGCACCCCUUCUUCUGAGUGUGAGUCCACAAGAGGAAGACAGAAAGCGAGGGAACCAACCAAAAAGUAAAACCAGCUCCAUUCACCUUAUUAAAUGUGGAAAUUUUCCUCUAUAUAUAAGAUAAUGGCACCUAAAUCCUAUAGCAAACAUAAGAUUACAUCUUAUUCCUGGGUUAAAUUAUUAAUACUUGGCUGACAACACUAUUGAUUCAGAUACACUUCUAACUGUAAAAUAGUAAUAAGAUCUCUGAUGUUUUUAGGAUUGGAUGUUUUAAGCACAGAUCCGUCAAGUUACUUUACCUGACCAGUAGAGACAGGAAGAUUUAUCAGUCAUUAUCCAAUUCAUCAUAACCGGCAGCACUGGCAAGACAAGGCUGAUAUUACGGUCAUCUUUUCUAAAUGAAAACACGUUUUCCUCAUCCCCAGUGAAAGCAUAUGGAAUUGAAAACACGCACUGACUCUAGUUUAUGAUAAUUCUGUUACAUCAUACAGAGUAAUGCAGUUCGAUAUUGUUUCUGACAGAAAUAUGGGUCAUUUUCUGAAGUCUACUACAAACCCUAAUGUUUUUGUCUUUAUCAAUUCAUUAAAAGUCCAUAUAGAAUAUGCCACUGGCUAAGAUAACCAAGUAUAUUAGAUUUUAAUGUGCAUGAAGUCAUAAGUUUAUACACCACACUUAAAAGCAUGUGUCUUUCUGUUGUGGGGGUGAAGCUGUGGAACAGCCUGCCCCAUGAUCUUAAACAAAGCAAAACUAUAGCACAGUUAAAAAGUAAAUUAAAGUAGGGUAUGGGAUUUUCGUUUUGCCACACUUAUUAUAUUUAAUUGGGUAUGGUAUACAUGAGUAGUAUUCUAGGUGAAUAUAUAAAGCGUAUUUAUGAGGAUAUAGGUAUGGAUGUAUAUAUGUAUAUAUGAGGUCUCUGUUUUAGUAUUAACGCUUAGUUAUAUAUUCAUGCUAGACUUUGGAGCUUUGAUUAUUUUUUGGCAACAUCAAAGAUUCCAAAGACAUAUCAAGGGUAAACGAGUAGGAAGGAAUGAGAGUAGGUACACAUAAGCUAAAUAGCUUCAACCUACUCCUUUUCCAAUCCCCCCAAAAUAGGGAAUUGCUUGUCUAAAAUUGUACUGUAUGUAUAUUAGAUCGAAUAAACAAUAUAAUACAAUAUAUGUAUUUUUUUUAUUAUUUCUUUGGCUGAGCAGAAAUCGAAAAGUCACUUCUGUGAAUAUUUUUACAGAGCCAAUGAUUUUUUCCUUCUACAUUUGUUUGAUAAAUUCAUGUUCAGCAAUGUUGCUACUUAUUUGUAAAUACUAUUAACUUGACAUAUUACAUCGAUUGCAAAAAGAAAAAGAAAAAAAGAAACAGCGUGAUCUUAAAGUAUAUACUGGCCAUCAGCCAACCUGCUUUCUCAAAGCUUCAAGAUCAGCCAUUAAAAAACUGAUAUCAGUCGACCUCUACUGAACAGGAUCAUGUUUAAACCUUUUUGUUAAAUGGUCCGAGUGUUAAUGGAAAGAUGCCAGCAAGCUAGUUCAGGCACGCAAACUCAAGCUGUGCCGAUUCCUCACUUGAGAUGCAUAUUCUCCACAAAACUUGGUGUACAUAUCUGCUGCAUUUGACAUCAAAUUUAAGAUAUGAGAUUGUCCGCCUUUCCCUCUGCUUUGUUACUGGCACUGCUGCCCUUCACCUCCCAAGCACCUACCCACAGGCUCCUGCGAGGGAGCUUAAGACAUGAUCUCAUCUUUCUCUGAAAUCCAGCCGGUGAGAUAAAUCUGUUGAGGAGUGGUGAGGUCAGACCUUACAUGAAACACAAUGCUCUGCUGCAGCAUUGAAUAGUUCAAACCAUUCAAACAUCAGUAAUCUGUAAUAAAAUAUGGAGGUUAGCACAGGUCAAAAACUUCUCAUGGGACCUUGAAUCAUUCAAACAUGUUUGAAGCUGCUCUAGUCACAGUUUUGUGUAAACUAGGUGAUAGUAGUUCACAGUUCCCAGUCCAAGACCACCAUAAUGCACAAAAAAUGCCCAAAAAUAAAAUCAAUAUUUAUGUCUUUAAAGUUAUAUUAACUGCGCUACACCAUAAAAGCACACUGAAAGCCCAAGUAGGCAUAAAAAAACUUGGACUGAAUGUUACCGAACAUUUGACCAAACCAACCAAGAAUCAUCCAAUCUGGCAAAAAUGGUGCAAAGUUUGAAUGGAAUGCCUUGCUGUAAUGAGAGUGUGUCUAGUAUUGAGAACUGACCCAGAGUCCUCAUCAAACUCUUGAGCUACCCCUCAGAUCUGUUGAUCAUUUACGCACCUUUGAAGGUUUUUUACAGCGAAAGAGUCAAAUUUGAAGAGAACCACAGAGAGGCCAAAGCUGGGUCAGUGUUGGAGUCAGGAGCAGGCGUCACAGAAACUCUAAUGUUAGUAUUCGCUUGAUGGGAACAAAUUGACAGUUGUCAAUGGGGGAACUGUCAAGAUGUUGAAUACAUAAUAACUCCACCAAUUGUCAAUUACAUGGCUUCUUUUUCUACAACUAAUCCUUUGAAUAAUAUCCCACCAUUGGCAGUGUUUCUCAUCAAUGCAUCACAAUAUGCUCAGCUUUUGUUGUGCUGUUUUUGUAUCGUACAAACAGGUAUAGUUCGUGCUUCAAGCCUCUUCCCCAUCCUUAGUACCGUUCUGCUGAUGUUGGGUGGACUGUGUGUCGGAGUUGGGCGCAUCUACAGCACUAGAAAUAACAUCCUGCUCAGUGCUGGAAUCCUGUUUGUGUUUGCAGGUAGGGACUGACUGAUAUUGGUACAUAUACAAAGUGGUCAGAUUUGUAGACUACAGUUGAUGCUUUGAACUUCUUUUCAGCUAAUCUAAACUUGCAGCAUUGAACUUCCAUGUUUUCUUUGGUUUCCUCUCAUGAAACUCUCUGAUUCAUUCAUCUUUAUUAAUUUCAGGCCUGAGCAACAUCAUUGGCAUCAUUGUCUACAUCUCGAGCAAUGCUGGAGAUCCGAGCGACAAGAAGAAUGAGGACAAGAAGAACCAGUACAACUACGGCUGGUCUUUCUACUUUGGGGCCCUCUCCUUCAUCGUGGCAGAGUCAGUGGGAGUUCUUGCGGUCAACAUAUAUAUUGAGAAGAACAAAGAGACACGUUUCAGAGCUCGACGCGACUUUAUCAAAACCACCUCAUCUUCUUCACCGUAUUCUCGUAUCCCAAGUUACCGCUACCGACGGAGGCGCUCACGCUCCAGUUCGAGGUCAACAGACCCGUCCAGAGAGCCUUCGCCAGUGGGGUUAAAAAUCGGUGGAGGAAGUGGGGGAGGAGGGGGUUUGGGAAUGGGUUUGCCGAUGGGGGAUAUAUCAUUGUACGCCCUCAGUCGGGACCCUCUGAAGGGGGCAAGUGCUGCUGCAGGACCUUACAGUCCUGAGAGGGACUCUGGGUUUUUGCAAGUCCACAACUGCUUCCAAAAAGAUCUAAAAGAUGGAGUAAACAGGAGGACCACGCCAGUAUGA